CGGCGGCGGCGGCGGAACUGGUGGGGGCCCGCACGGCGCCCGCGACCCCCGGCCUCCCGGCAUGGGCGCCCCUGCGGUGCGGAGCAGCUCCCCGCCGGCUGGUGCGCGACCCCGGAAGGCGGGGGUGCAGAGGCGAGCAGAGCUCGGCGGGCCAGGCUUCCACCAUGGACAGAAGCCAGCCCUGGUCCCUCUCUGGUGUCCCUGCUCCUUCUGCCUGGCCCUGGAGGCCCAAGGGAUGGUUGACUGUUGUCCGAGGUCUGUUAGUUCAUCCAGACUGGGCUCCCUGAGGCUGCCAGGAAGAGCCCCUGAACAACCCCAGGAUUCUCGCCUGGUGCAGUUGUCCAGGAUCUCUGAGAGUCUAAGCAGAUCGUGGAGAGAUAGCUGAGAUGCCCUGUAUCCAAGCCCAAUAUGGGACACCAGCACCGAGCCCAGGACCCCGAGACCACCUGGCAAGCGACCCCCUGACCCCCGAGCUCGGCAAGCCCACCAUGGACCUGGCCAGCCCUGAGGCAGCCCCCACGGCCCCCACCGCCCUGCCCAGCUUCAGCACCUUCAUGGAUGGCUACGCAGGGGAGUUCGACACCUUCCUGUACCAGCUGCCGGGAACAGCCCAGCCGUGCUCCUCGGCCUCCUCUUCGGCCUCCUCCACGUCCUCCUCCUCGGCCACCUCCCCCGCCUCUGCUUCCUUCAAGUUUGAGGACUUCCAGGUGUACGGCUGCUACCCUGGCCCCCUGAGCGCCCCCCUGGAUGAGACCCUGUCCUCCAGCGGCUCCGACUACUACGGCAGCCCCUGCUCGGCGCCGUCGCCGUCCACGCCGAGCUUCCAGCCACCCCAGCUGUCUCCCUGGGAUGGCUCAUUCGGCCCCUUCUCACCCAGCCAGACGUACGAAGGCCUGCGGGCGUGGACAGAGCAACUGCCCAAGGCUUCCGGGCACCCCCAGCCGCCGGCCUUCUUUUCCUUCAGCCCCCCUACCGGCCCCAGCCCCAGCCUUGCCCAAAGCCCCUUGAAGCUGUUCCCUUCACAGGCCACCUGCCAGCUGGGGGAGAGAGAGAGUUACUCCAUAUCAACAGCUUUCCCAGGCCUGGCUCCCACAUCUCCACACCUCGAGGGCCCAGGGGUGCUGGAUGCGCCUGUGUCCUCGGCCAAGGCCCGGAGUGGGGCUCCAGGGGGAAGCGAGGGCCGCUGUGCCGUGUGCGGGGACAACGCUUCGUGCCAGCAUUACGGUGUCCGCACCUGCGAGGGCUGUAAGGGCUUCUUCAAGCGUACAGUACAGAAAAACGCCAAGUACAUCUGCCUGGCUAACAAGGACUGCCCUGUGGACAAGAGGCGGCGAAACCGCUGCCAGUUCUGCCGCUUCCAGAAGUGCCUGGCCGUAGGCAUGGUGAAGGAAGUUGUCCGGACAGACAGCCUGAAGGGGCGGCGGGGGCGGCUCCCUUCAAAGCCCAAGCAGCCCCCGGAUGCCUCUCCUGCCAAUCUGCUCACCUCCCUGGUCAGGGCGCACCUGGACUCUGGGCCCAGCACAGCCAAACUGGACUACUCCAAGUUCCAGGAGCUGGUGCUGCCCCACUUUGGGAAGGAAGAUGCCGGGGACGUGCAGCAGUUCUACGACCUGCUUUCGGGCUCCCUGGAGGUGAUCCGCAAGUGGGCUGAGAAGAUCCCUGGCUUCGCUGAGCUGUCCCCAGGCGACCAGGACCUGUUGCUGGAGUCGGCCUUCCUGGAGCUCUUCAUCCUCCGCCUGGCCUACCGGUCGAAGCCGGCCGAGGGGAAGCUCAUCUUCUGCUCCGGCCUGGUGCUACACCGGCUGCAGUGCGCCCGCGGCUUUGGCGACUGGAUCGACAGCAUUCUUGCCUUCUCUCGGUCUCUGCAUGGCUUGGUCGUCGACGUCCCUGCCUUCGCCUGCCUCUCUGCACUCGUCCUGAUCACAGACCGGCACGGGCUGCAGGAGCCUCGGCGGGUGGAGGAGUUGCAGAACCGCAUCGCCAGCUGCCUGAAGGAGCACGUCUCGGCUGUGGCGGGCGAGCCCCAGCCGGCCAGCUGCCUGUCGCGCCUGCUGGGCAAGCUGCCCGAGCUGCGGACCCUGUGCACCCAGGGCCUGCAGCGCAUCUUUUACCUCAAGCUGGAGGACUUGGUGCCCCCUCCACCCAUCGUCGACAAGAUCUUUAUGGACACGCUGCCCUUCUGACCCCAGCCCAGGAACACGCGUGCCCCGUGUACGCACGGUCGUACGCCACCCCACGUGCCUUUAGCCCACGGCCCACCGACCCCCGGAGCACCCCCAGCCCCCGGCCUGGGCUUGAGCUGCAGACCGGCCGGCCUCCCCCACUUGGGCUGGGUGGUUGGCAGGGAGCUCACGCCCUGGGGGAGUGGGGGAUGCAUUCAAGGGGGGGGGUGACCCCUACUAUUUGUCUUACCCCCCAGCCCAGCCCUGGCCUUCAUGUUUUUGUAAGAUAAACCGUUUUUAACACACACCGCUGUGCUGUAAAUAAGCCAAAUGCUGCUGUAAAUACAGGAAGGAAGAGGCCGAGAUGGGAGUGGGGGUUGAGAGGGAGGGGCGGCCCCCACCAGCCCGGGCAAGCCUUUCCCGCCUCCUUGCACCUGCUCUCUCUUCCCGCCCUCUUUCCACAUGUACAUAAUCUUACUCUAGGAAGAAGACAAAUGACAGAUUCUGACAUUUAUAUUUGUGUAUUUUCCUGGAUUUAUAGUAUGUGACUUUUCUGAUUAAUAUAUUUAAUAUAUUGAAUAAAAAAUAGGCCUGUAGCUGAAA